GAGAGUUCUAGGUGCAUUGUGGGUACCUCACACGGCACCGUCCUCCUUUAUUCCGCAAACAUGAUGCCCACUCCAGUCAUCCUCCUGAAAGAGGGCACAGACACCUCUCAGGGGGUUCCACAGCUGGUCAGCAACAUAAAUGCCUGCCAGGUUGUGGCAGAGGCUGUGCGUACCACCCUUGGCCCCCGUGGCAUGGACAAGCUUGUGGUGGAUAACCGAGGCAAAGCCACUAUUUCUAAUGAUGGAGCCACAAUUCUGAAGCUUUUGGAUGUUGUGCAUCCUGCAGCCAAGACUCUGGUAGACAUUGCUAGAUCUCAGGAUGCUGAGGUUGGAGAUGGUACCACUUCAGUGACUCUGCUUGCUGCUGAGUUUCUGAAGCAGUUGAAACCGUAUGUGGAAGAAGGGCUUCACCCCCAGACCAUCAUCAGAGCAUUCCGCAUCGCCACCCAGCUUGCUGUCAAAAAGAUCAAAGAAAUCGCUGUUACCAUCAAAAAGGACAACAAACAAGAACAGAGGAGGUUGUUGGAGAAGUGUGCUGCUACAGCUUUGAACUCCAAGCUGAUAGCAGGGCAGAAGGAUUUCUUCUCCAAGAUGGUGGUGGAUGCAGUGAUGAUGCUGGAUGAGCUGCUGCCUCUGAAGAUGAUUGGAGUGAAGAAGGUGCAGGGUGGUGCUCUGGAGGAAUCUCAGCUUGUGGCUGGUGUGGCAUUUAAGAAGACCUUCUCUUAUGCUGGUUUUGAGAUGCAGCCCAAGCGUUACAUGAACCCAAAGAUUGCCCUGCUCAACAUUGAGCUGGAGUUGAAGGCAGAGAAGGACAAUGCAGAGGUCCGUGUCAACUCAGUGGAGGACUAUCAGGCCAUUGUUGAUGCUGAAUGGAACAUCCUGUAUGAUAAGCUGGAGAAGAUCUACAAAUCUGGUGCUAAAGUUGUGCUGUCCAAGCUGCCCAUUGGAGAUGUAGCCACACAGUACUUUGCAGACAGAGAUCUGUUCUGUGCCGGCCGCGUCGUGGAGGAAGAUCUCAAAAGGACCAUGAUGGCUUGUGGUGGCUCCAUUCAGACCAGUGUUGGUUCCCUGACUGAUGAUGUUCUUGGCCAGUGUGAGCUAUUCGAAGAAGUGCAGGUUGGAGGAGAGAGAUACAAUUUCUUUAAAGGCUGCCCAAAGGCCAAGACCUGCACCAUCAUUCUGAGGGGUGGCGCAGAGCAGUUCAUGGAAGAGACGGACCGCUCACUGCAUGAUGCCAUUAUGAUAGUGCGCAGAGCAAUCAAGAAUGACUCCAUUGUUGCUGGUGGUGGGGCGAUUGAGAUGGAGUUGUCAAAGUAUCUGAGGGACUAUUCUAGAACAAUUCCAGGGAAGCAACAAUUGCUGAUCGGAGCCUAUGCCAAGGCCCUGGAGAUUAUUCCCAGACAGCUCUGUGACAAUGCGGGCUUUGAUGCUACAAAUAUUCUAAACAAACUGAGGGCCAAGCAUGCCCAGGGUGGUAUGUGGUAUGGAGUGGAUGUGAAUAAUGAAGACAUAGCAGAUAACUUCCAGGCAUGUGUUUGGGAGCCCUCUAUAGUGCGUAUCAAUGCCUUGACUGCUGCAUCUGAAGCUGCAUGCCUCAUACUGUCAGUGGAUGAGACCAUCAAGAACCCUCGCUCCAGUGUUGACGGCCCACCGGCAGCUGCUGGCAGAGGAAGAGGUCGUGGUAGACCAGCCCAUGCUCACUAAUCCAUACCCAGCCCUUGGACUUUCAGUUGAUCAGAACAAAUCCUUGCCAUACACAGGGCUUUGAUUUGUUUCAUUGACCCAUUUUGUUAUUUACCAGUCCCACUAAGUCCAAGAAUAUCUGUGUGUUUACAAAGGCUAAUGCAGAAUAAAAUGUUUUUUUUUCUCCUUGUUUUAGACCAAUGGGAAAUGACAUCUUUUCUAUUGAGUAUUAGGAAAUUUGAAUGUUGUUUUGUGAUAGUCUGAGAACACACAAAAAAACACCAUGCGCUCAAUGUGAUUGGUUUGUAGAUCUGAGUAAGCACUGAUAUGCGGGCACUCUGCUGAGAUAUGUUCCUGUGUUGGUCAGUUGGUGGAACUAUUUAUUGGACCAUUAAAAUCAGUACUUUUGCCUC